AGAAGUUAGCAGAAAGAAGUAAUCGCAGUUACCGUGCGGAGGCAUUUCGUUUAGUCUAUUACGUGAGUGAAGAGCGAGUAUUUAACGAGGUCGUGAAUUCAACGUUCACGGUAAUUAUCAACACAAGUUGCAAACGAUUAACAGUUUACUUGCACAUUCUUUUCGAAGAUCAACAUUUAAUCGACAAACGAAACUUUACAAUUUAUUCAGUGUCGUAAAGAAAACAUUAUUAAACUAGCUAUCAGCCAUGGCUGCUAUGUCCGUGAUUGGAAUUGACUUCGGCAAUGAGAGCUGUUAUGUGGCUGUAGCACGAGCGGGAGGUAUUGAAACUAUAGCUAAUGAUUACAGUCUUCGAAGUACACCAUCAUGCGUAGCAUUUAGUGGAAAGAAUCGAAUUCUUGGUGUAGCAGCCAAAAAUCAAAUGGUAACCAACAUGAAAAAUACUAUUUAUGGGUUCAAAAGAUUAUUAGGUAGAAAAUUCAAUGAUCCACAAGUACAAAGAGAAAUAAAAAUGUUACCUUUCAAGGUAACUCAGCAAGCAGAUGGAAAUAUUGGUAUACAUGUACAAUACCUGGGAGAAGAACACAUUUUCUCACCUGAACAAAUAACAGCAAUGUUAUUCACAAAAUUAAAAGAUAUAUCUGAAACUGCUCUGCAGACUAUUGUUAAUGAUUGUGUGAUUUCCGUUCCUUCAUAUUAUACACAAACUGAACGGCAAGCGUUGCUUGAUGCUGCACGAAUAGCAGGUUUAAAUGUUCUUAGAUUGUUUAAUGAAACAACAUCUACUGCUUUAUGUUAUGGCAUUUACAAACAAGAUUUACCAUCACCUGAUGCACCGCCAAGAAAUGUAGUAUUUGUUGAUUGUGGAUAUGCUAGCUUACAAGUAAGCAUUUGUGCAUUCCACAAAGGAAAAUUAAAAAUGUUAGCCACUAGUUUUGAUACUCAGUUAGGUGGAAGGGAUAUAGAUUCUAUCUUAGCGGAACAUUUUUGUAAAGAUUUUCAAUCGCGUUACAAUAUCGAUCCACAUACAAAUCCUCGCGCGUAUCUACGACUAUUAGCAGAGGUGGAAAAGUUGAAGAAACAGAUGUCGGCGAAUUCAACAACACUUCCUCUUAAUAUUGAAUGUUUCAUGGAUGAAAAAGAUGUACACGGUGAAUUGAAACGAGCGGAUAUGGAAGCAAUGUGUGCACAUUUAUUUAAGCGCGUGGAAAAAACUUUGCGUGAAUGUCUCGAAGACUCUAAAUUAAAAUUAGACGACGUCCAUUCUGUGGAAUUAGCGGGUGGUUCUAGCCGCGUUCCGGCUAUUAAACGACUAGUUGAAGAGAUUUUUAAUCGUCCUGUAUCUACAACAUUAAAUCAAGAUGAAGCUGUUGCUCGUGGAUGUGCACUUCAGUGUGCAAUGUUGAGUCCUGCUGUAAGAGUCCGUGACUUCUCAGUAACUGAUAUUCAGCCAUAUUCACUAAAGUUAACAUGGGACGCUACUCAGGGUGAAGAGGGCGAGAUGGAAGUCUUCGGACAUAAUCAUCCGGUACCGUUUUCAAAGAUGUUAACAUUUUACCGAUCAAGUCCAUUUACUCUCACUGCUAGUUACAAUGUACCGCCACUAUCGUAUCCUACAACUCACGUUGGUGUAUUUGUAAUAAAAAAUGUAAAGGCAACACCAGAGGGAGAGUCUUCAAAAGUAAAGGUUAAAGUAAGAAUAAACUUGAAUGGUAUCCUCACUAUUGCUUCGGCAUCGCUUGUUGAAAAACGUGAAUUAACACAACAAGAGAAAGAAGAAGAAGAAAAGGUACAACAGCAGCAACAGCAACAAAAUAAUAUGGAUGUUGAUCAGCAGGCUGAUAAAAAAGAUAAACCUGAUCAAGAAGCUCAGGCAAAUGAGCCACCAGCACCUGAGGUGAGCAUGGAUAAAACACGUCGGAACUCAGAUGCUGAUGAUGGUGGAAGAGGUGCGAGGGGUUCUGCCCCUUCUUACUCCUCCAGGAUUCUCUCUUGGUUCAGCUCGGGUGACGAUAAAGAUGAAAACAAGGGUAAAAAGAAAGUUCCUGUUCGCAAUGUUGAAUUACCGGUGGAAGUUCAUGGAUUUGGACUUAGUCAACGCGAUUUAGAUGCCGCUUUAGAAAAAGAGUGUAAGAUGAUUGCCGAGGAUAGGCAGGAAAAAGAACGCAUUGAUGCUCGUAACGCGUUAGAAGAAUAUGUUUAUGACUUACGUGCUAAAUUGCAAGAAGACGAUCAGUUAGCUACAUUUAUUACUGAAGCAGAUAAAGAAGCACUUUGCCGUGCAUUAGACGAAACUGAAAAUUGGCUUUAUGAAGAAGGUGAAGAUUGUCAGCGACAAGUUUAUUCAGAACGAUUAACACGUCUUAAGGCACAGGGUGAACCAAUUAAAGAAAGGCGAAUGGAAUUUGAGGGCAGAAAUCAUGCGUUGGAAGAAUUAGCAGGAGCAUUACAACUUGCUAAGAAAGGUUUAGAUCUCAUUAAGGCAUCUAGCGGAAAAGACAAUAAAUAUUCUCACCUAACGGAAGAAGAAGUGAAGAAGGUUGAAAAAGCGGUGCAAGAAAAGUGGGCGUGGCUUGAAGAGAAACGUGUACUUUUGGCCGGCACACCUCGCACACAACCACCACCGGUUACUGUAGCCCAAAUACGUGCAGAAAAACAGUCACUGGAUAGUAGUGUAUUACCAGUCUUAAAUAAACCAAAACCUAAAGUAGAACCACCAAAAGAAGAAAAACCUAAAGAUAAAACAGCUGAAGAUCAGCAGAAAAACAAUCAGAAUAGUCAAGGCGAUGGUCAUGCCCAAAAUAAUCAACAACCUCACGAAGAUAAGAUGGAUGUUGAGUAACAGUGACCCUAUUUUAUGUGUUUUAAUACUAUUAAAUCUAUCAUUAUUAAAAUAACGGAAAUUAUUUCAUCGUACAAGUCAUUUUUAUCAUGUCACAAAAGCGCCUGAUACGUUGUAAUUAGCACAUGUGAGUUUCUUUUUCUUUUCCUAUCAUAGUUAUGAAUGUGAUAAGUUGACCUAUUUAAGACAAAUGUAUCACAAUGAAGUAUAUUGAAAUUUGGAGAA